AUGGACCCGUCGCACCCCCUUCUAAGGCUAUCUGGCGCCGAUGGACCCGUCGCACCCCCUUCUAUAGGUAUCCGACGUCGUGGGACCCGUCGCACCCCCUUCUAUAGGUAUCCGACGCCGAUGGACCCGUCGCACCCCCUUCUAAGGCUAUCUGGCGCCGAUGGACCCGUCGCACCCCCUUCUAUAGUCGGGUCAAAACGACAUGAAACACAGUGCAGUUGCGUAAGCGGUUGCGCUCGAAGCGACAGGGUGGAGCUAGCGGUUGGAAUCGAGUUGGGACCAUGGGGAACUGCUGCGAUGAACGGUGAUGGCAAGGGUCCCACAACGAUCGUGACCGCUACGAUCAAGCACACCGCUUCGAGCGCAGCCACUUAUGCAGCCGCACCGAGUUUCAGGUCAUCUUGGCAAGACUACAUUUUCGGUGGCAACUAUUCAAUCAGUACAAAUAAGCAGUUGAAAUGUAAAGCUGGAUCCUCAUUAACGCCCGUUCUACACGGGAUGACAAGAGUCGACGAGCGAGGUUCUGAUGAGAAUACUCCUAUGGAUACUGUUGUCGCAAAGAAAAAUAAUGGUAGAGUAACGUUAAAAGAGUUGAAUCGGCUCAUCUCCGAUGUCCAGGAAUAUCCUUUGAAGGCUGAGAGCAACUGGUACGUAGUUAGCAAUUCAUGGUGGUCCAAAGUUCUUGACGCUGCCAAGCAAGGUUUUGUCGAGGAUAUUCCUUCAAUAAAUAACGCUUCUAUCUCUUUUAAAUCUGGAAACGCAUACUUUUUGCGUUCGAACCUGGCGGAAUCUAUUGAUUUUCAUCUUCUACCGGAGCCUGUGUUCAACCGCUUCAAGGAGGUCUAUGGUCUCGAUCUGGCCGAUCGUGAUUACAUUUGUCGGAAAGUCGUCUCUAAAAAUGGGAAACCUGUCGUAGAAGUUUACCCACGUGUAGUCAUGGUUCAUCUUGCCAGAGAUACCUCGAAAUGUUGCGAACUGAGACUAACUGGGAGUGACACAUUAAUGGACCUAAGGGAUCGCGCACUCAAGUCCUUGGGAUUAUCUUCCAUACCUCCCGAUAGGCUCCGUUUCUACAUAGCUCAUGGCGAUAAAUACGAGUUGAUAGAUAUUUCACAGCAGAAUAUUGAUAGCUAUUUCGAUACUGCUCAGAAGGUUUAUGUAGAUGUAUGUAAUUCUGACGACGGAUGGUUUAUAAACAACGAUAAGCAGUCAGUUUCGAGGAGUGACUGUGCUUCGAAUUCACUUUCUUCAUCAUAUUCCAGAAUUGUAUGUGGUUGUCAUAGAAGUUUCUUUGCUGAAUUUAUUCCAUUGUUCGUCAAAAAUAUCUUCAGUCACAUGUUCUACGACACAUCUCGUGAUCGACAUGGGACAGUUGUUAAAGGAGCAUGCGGUCUUCAAAAUCUCGGUAACACAUGUUUUAUGGCGUCUGCUCUCCAGUGUCUCUCAAAUGUGCCGGAGUUGACAGAAUAUUUUCUGUCAAAUCGAUACGUAGCUGAUAUUAAUGAGAGAAAUCCCCUCGGAACUCAUGGAGAGCUAGCCCGAGCGUAUGGGGAUCUUCUUCAUAACAUGUGGUCUGGAGAGAAUGUCAGCGUUAUGCCGCGCAAAGUCAAGAUGACCAUCGGGCAGUUUGCUCCAAGAUUCAGCGGUUAUGCUCAACAAGACUCACAAGAGUUGUUGGCUUAUGUUCUGGACGGAUUACAUGAAGAUCUGAACAGAAUAAAGGUUAAGCCCUAUGUUCCUGAUGACGAAACAUUGGAAAGACUUGAAGAACAUGAGCAAGCUGAAAAGUCUUGGCAAGCCUACAAAGCUCGUAAUGAUAGCAUCAUAGUUGACCUUGUGCAUGGGCAGCUGAAAUCGACCUUAGUUUGUCCUGUAUGCGCGAAGGUCAGCAUUAAAUUUGAUCCGUUUUGCUUCUUGUCCGUCCCCUUGCCACCAAAGGAGAAGGUCAGGCAAAUCGUCACUCUAAUUUUUAACACAAAGCGGCGAUGGGCGAAGUUCACGAUAACGAUGGCUACAUCCACAACAGUCCAAGAUGCAAUCAAUACGAUGAAGAAUUCAUUACAAAACAUUGGAAACGACUUUACGGGAGAGAUUAUUGUAUACUCGAUUGGUACUGGUGAUUUUUCUGAUGAAGUUCGGUUAUUGGACCCUGCAGAGCCUAUUUAUAUAGAGGAUAAAACUCAAUCGCUUUUUGCUUGUCAAGUUGACCAUAAUCCUAAUACACACAAAGUUGUCGUUAUAAAGAACCAAACCCAGACUGGACGCACACUUUCUUUGCCUAUGGUGUUCACUCUUCCUAGCCCCGACUACCUCACCAGAAGCUUUCUUGCAAACCGCAUUUUGCCUUUCAUCUCGGACACAUUCAUGAAAUCGCCUCUAGAGCUGUGCUUAUGUGAAGAUGAUUCACGAAAUGGAGAAGAGCGAGAACGAUACAAAUUGUUUAUAAUGCACAAUGGUAAUGCGGUUCCAUUCCCGGAGGCCCCUGAUGAACCUGUAGCAUGGCCUAGUGGCCUUCCAACACAUACUGUUGUUUUCCAAUGGAGAGAUCCACAAUUAUUCAAUUUAUAUAAGGGAUCCGAUUUGAUUGAUCGAGAAGUUUCCGUUUCGUCACGAAAAGACAUACAUCUUAUGGAGUGCAUUGAUCUGUUUACGAAACAGGAACAAUUAGGUGAAGAGGACAGUUGGUAUUGCCCAAAGUGCAAAAAACACGAAAGAGCAACCAAAAAAUUGGACCUUUGGAGUUUACCACAGAUUCUCAUCAUCCACUUGAAGAGAUUUCAAUAUAGCAAGUGGCACCGGGACAAAAUAGAUAUACCAGUUGUGGUUCCGGUGAAAGGUUUUGAAUUGAACUCCAAAUUGGCGAAUGAGAGGCACGAGCAUGUGAAAUACGAUUUAAUAGCUAUGAGUCAUCAUGUUGGUGGGUUAGGUGGAGGACAUUACACGGCUUCUGCGCUAAACAAGACAACAGGGAAGUGGUACGAAUUUAAUGACUCUUGCGUUUCCGAGAUCGCUGCUCCUGCAGAUCCUACCAUUGGUCGAACACCGUACAUGCUUGUCUAUCGGCGUCAACAACCGAUCACUGAUGGGUUGUUACAAGAUGCAAAUGUUGAAGAAGAGAUGGAAGAAUAG